AUGAGCUCGCAAAACUUCUAUGGAUGCGGCCCUGAAAACUCGCAAACCUCACAAACGAGCUUAAAUACUUCGAAUCAGACGCUUUCCAACAGCGACCGGAACGGAUCUACGAGCCAGAAUGAUGGCCGCGUGUCCAGCACAGCCCUCAGCGGCUCCGACCGAAUUUAUCCAAUUCGAUCACUUGUUUCCAUGAACCCAGUCAAUGCGUCCCCAUCGCCAGCGGAAGAGGAUGUGGAGGAUUCCUCGAGCCACUCAGUAGAGCCGCCGAAAUCUCCGAUAGAUACAAUGCCUCAGGCUAGGAUUCCUUAUUCGAACAAUCUUAUCCCGCCGGUCUCGCAUAGCAGUGUCUCUGUCAACGAUGAAGUUUCUUCAAACACGCCCGCUACAGGAGAUCUCGAACACACAGAAUAUGCAUUGGGCUCUCUAGAAACUGCACCUAGAGAGACUGCACCUCAAGAGAAUCAUACCUACAUGACCUCCCGAUUCGAACACGCAUUUUCGGAAGAUGGGCACACGGUGAUACUUGGGGAUAGCAAACAGUCUCUCAAACGUUGCGAGGAUGAGCCGAUCCGGACACCAGGUGCAAUACAAAGCUUCGGAGUGAUGAUCGCACUGAGAGAGGAAUCUCCUAAUCAGUUUGUUGUGCGUGCCGUGAGUGAAAACUCAAAACAAAUUAUGGGGUUUUCGCCACAAGAUCUGUUUGACUUGGAAAGUUUCACUGAUAUAUUGAAAGAAGAGCAACUGGCUACUUUUUUGGAACAUCUUGACUACGUUCGAGACGAUUCAUAUGACUUAAUUAUCGAUGGCCCUGAGGUUUUUCUCCUGGCAAUACGAGGAACAUCCGGCGGUUUCACUCGGUUUUGGUGCGCGACACAUGUUAGCCAAGAAAACAAGGAUAUCAUCAUUUGCGAGCUUGAACUGGAGGACGACCAGCUCAACCCCUUAGGUAUUGAGGAUCAAAAACUCCCGGAAACUCCCACGAAUACUUUACAAACCAACCCGCCCCCCACUGAAGAACAAUAUUUCAAAAGCACGACCAGUGCAAGUAGUUCGGUGCGCUCCAUACGUGAUGCACGACGGAAGAAGGGUGAAGCUGCUGCAAUGCAAGUCUUCGGCACACUAUCUCAGAUCCAGGCCCAGCUUGCACAAGUGACGGACCAAGACACACUACUCCAAGUCACUGCGGGACUAGUCAAGGAAUUAGUUGGAUUCCACCGAGUCCUGGUUUACCAAUUUGAUCACAAAUCGAAUGGUCGGGUAGUUGCUGAAUUGAUGGACCCUAAUGUGACCGUGGACUUGUAUCGAGGCCUUCAUUUUCCUGCUUCGGACAUCCCAGCUCAGGCUCGAGAGCUCUACAAGGUCAACAAAGUCCGGUUAUUAUACAAUCGAGACCACAUCACUGCGCGACUAGUCUGUCGAACCUUGGAGGAUCUAGAAACCCCGCUUGAUAUGAGCCAUGCCUAUCUUCGAGCGAUGUCACCAAUCCACGCCAAAUACCUCGCGAACAUGGAAGUGCGCUCAUCGAUGUCGAUUAGCAUUAACGCUUAUGACAACCUUUGGGGUCUGAUAUCUUGCCAUUCAUACGGCGAUGAUGGCAUGCGCGUUUCUUUUCCGAUACGGAAACUGUGCCGUUUGGUCGGCGACACUGUGGCUCGAAACAUUGAACGCAUCACCGAUGCCUCCGAUAUCCAGGCGCGUGUGAUGAUGAACUCCGUUCCGAAAGAAGCAGAUCCAUCAAAGUACAUCGUCGGAUCCUCGGAUGACUUGUUACGCCUCUUUCAAGCCGAUUAUGGUGUACUUUCCAUUGGAAACGAAGCCAAGCUUUUUGGUAGGGAGUCGAAUUCACAAGAAGCUCUCGCUCUGUUUCAAUAUAUUCGUCUAAGAAAGGUGACAUCGGUCCUUGCGUCGCAUGAUAUUGGAAAAGAUUAUCCAGAUUUUAGUUUCCGUCCGGGUUUUAAACGAAUAUCGGGCUUAUUGUGUAUUCCGAUGGCUCCUGACGGGGCCGACUUCAUCGUUUUCUUCCGCGUCGGUGAACUAACAACGAUCACCUGGGCUGGAAAUCCGCACAAACCUGCAGACGGUGGCAUCGGACCUUUAACACCACGCCAAAGCUUCAAAGAAUGGCGCGAGAUAACCCUGAGCGAGUCAAAACAUUGGUCUGCAUUUGACGUUUCGAUGGCCGGUGUCCUUGGAUCUGUAUACGGGAAGUUCAUUCGAGUCUGGCGGCAGAAAGAAGUUCUCAAGCAGAACUCUCAGCUUACUCGUCUACUGUUAGCCAAUUCGGCUCAUGAGGUUCGCACCCCGUUAAACGCAGUCAUCAACUAUUUGGAGAUUGCCAUGGAAAGCACUUUAGACGAGGAAACACGUGAAAGCUUGAUCCGAUCCUACUCGGCUUCCAAAUCUCUUGUCUACAUUGUCAAUGACCUUCUUGACCUUGCUACUGAAAGCGGACAACAGCUUAUCAAGAACGAGGCGUUCGACUUAGCACCCACGCUACAAGAUGCUUUUGAUAUGCUGGCUGGGGAAGCCAAGCGGAAGGGCAUUUCCUACACGUUUAAUAUGCGCACCGGACUCCCAGGGGCAGUAUUAGGAGAUCAGCGUCGCUUGCGCCAAAUCUUUGUUAAUCUCAUCUCGAAUGCCGUCGAAAAUACAACUAAAGGUGGCGUGAGCGUUGAGGCUUCGCUUUCUAGUGUUCAAGACGAUCACGCGUCGCUUGAACUGUCAGUUGUCGACACAGGUGCAGGAAUGUCGAAAGCUAGACUCGAACAGCUCUUUCAGGAGCUUGAAGAGGUUUAUGCAGAUGAGCAUUGGGUUGGAGAUAAACUGAAUAGCACAAAGAAUGCAGGUGGUCAGAGGCAAAGCGUUCUGGGUAUUGGUCUUGCAUUGACCGCUCGUAUCGUGCACACGAUGCAUGGUCAGCUCAUUGUGAAGUCUGAAGAGGGUAAAGGCAGUCGGCUCAAGAUUAUACUCCAAUUCCAAAUCCCCGGAGAACCGCCCUCGCAGUCCUCGCAGAACCUGACAGGAACCAAUUAUCUCGAUAUGCCAAAAUCACCUUCAAUUCUGGACGGGGAAUUCAUUUUGGUGGUUGAUGAUGAUAAAAAUCAAAACGAAGCCACACAACAGGGCGCCGACACCAAUCCCACUAGUGUCGACUGUGUACCUGGGAAGGAUCAACCUGAUCAACACGAGUCUUUGCCAUCUCAGAACGCCCUACCUCAUAGCGAGGACGGUAUUGAUCAAAAGCAAAAUAUACCCCUACGCCUACCCUUAGGACCUGGACAUGACGAAUUCCAGCAAUCACAUAUCUCUCAGCCAAGUCCCGAGCAACAACAAGUCAAGGAACACUCUCAGGAGAGCCCCACCCCUUCCCAAGCACAUGCAUCAGCUUCGUCUUCCAGCAACAUGAGUUUGAAUGUUCUCGUUGCAGAGGACAAUCCGGUCAAUAGCAAGAUUCUGCAAAAGCGAUUAAGUAAAAUUGGCCACACAGUUCAAUUGACUAGUAAUGGACAAGCAUGCGUGAAUGCAUUCUUGUCAGGCAGCGAAAUUCCCGAUGUGAUCUUGAUGGACAUUCAGAUGCCCAUCGUUGACGGAAUGACUGCCACAAAAGAGAUUCGUGAGGCCGAAUCCAACAGCUCAAAGUCUUCGGUCGCAGAUACCUCUACUUCGCCCAAAAGGAUUCCAAUUUUUGCAGUGUCGGCUUCUCUUGUUGAGAGGGACGAGAAGGCUUACAUUGACACGGGAUUCGAUGGCUGGGUCAUGAAACCGAUCAACUUUGCAAGACUAAACACAAUCCUGGCAGGCAUAUAUGACGUAAAGGCUCGCGAAGGCCCUGCCGAGGCCAGGGAUUGGGAAAAAGGCGGGUGGUUUGACAUAGAGUAG